UCAAAUGUUUACGAAGAUUUUCUUGAUGCAAUUUCGAGGGGUACAAAGGACGAUGUGGAGCGAUUUUUACGGCAAGCGAAUUCAGACGAGUGCAGGGAUAGUCGAGACGAAGAUCCAACAUGUGUGUCUCACAAGCGACAACUUACGAAAGCCCUCGAAGACGAAGAUGCUGUCACAGUUUGGAAAUUAAUAGCAAGAGCUAAAGAGUCGGAGCUCAAGACGAUAGAAAACCUAAACAAGACAUGCGAAACUGUAGCAGAAAAUGAGUGCCUGAAAGAGAAAGGGCUGAUCAAGUAUCUUUGGGAAAGCUACGCGGCCAAAUCAGAUCUGCUAGAGGACGUGAUACUUCCGCUUGUAUAUUCCGAGAAAGCAGGCCACCACAAACUGAAUUUCAACACGAAGAAGAACAACAGUGGAUACGUAUACUUUCUGAUCCACUCUACAUUGGUUUGGAAUGGCUAUGGAGAAAUAAUUCACAGCUGA